CCUUAUUGCUGAAUAUAAAGCCCAUUUAGGCGGAAUAUUCAAUCGUCGUUUUCAGAUAACCCCAAGCCACGAGGCUCCCACCUACCCCGCCAAUUCGUGUUCCUUUGAACAGCUUCAGGGCUGUAAAUCUCAACAUCGCCAGUCAUGGGCGAUCCAACUUACGUCGAGGAACUAUCCCCGCUGGACUUAUCCAUGCCCAGGACAUACAUUUCUGUUGUCCUGAUUUUCGAACAGCCAGGCCCAAACGCAAAGAUCACUCAAGUCCUCCAAAACAGUCUGGGUCGGCUUUCAAAGCAGGUGCCGUGGCUCUCCGGGAAGGUCUUUCCAAAAGCAUCAUCCGGAAAAAGUGCUUCUUCUCUCGAGAUCCGAUGGAAUGCAAACGACACACCAACCCUUGUCGACAAAGGAACUAUAGCAGCGUCAUACAAACAUACAUCCUCUCACGGGAUGCCCGCAGAUGCCAUUUCAUCAGACGUGUUGCCAGUUCCAAGCGUGAUCGACGAUGCUCUCCUCGCUGAAGGGGUUCCUGUUUUUGCCACAAGCAUUUUUCGCUUCGCUGAUAACGCCCUGGGCUUAUGUAUCUCUUUACAUCACAAUGCUGUCGACGGAACUGGACUAUCUAGUAUUAUGCGACAGUUGUCUCGAAACAUCACGGACCCUGGCUUCACCUUCUCAGGCUCGUCCCAGGGUAGGACCGACCGGUUUUCAAAAGCGCUGGCGCUGGAUCUCCAAGAGACAUCCUCCAUUUCGUCAGAGUCUCUCUUCUCGCUGCAUCCCGAGUAUUCCAGAAACCCACCUUCUCUGCCGGAGAAAUUCGCGCCGUCUACGUCGAAGCUCUUCACAAUUUCCAUGAUCUGGAUUGAUGCACUGAAGGAGCUGAUGCGAAAAUACACGUCGAAAGCACCGACUACAAAUACAGUGCUAUCCGCACUGAUCUGGACCACAAUCACCCGGAUCAGGAUGCAAGACAACCCAUCUCUCGGUGGGGAUAUGAGUCAGCUGGUAACAGCAGUCAACGGCCGACAACGCAUCGGAACAAAUUUUUCAGAGCCCGACUCACCAUUUUUCGGAAACGCAAUGUUUUACUCUUUGUCGAAGUUGCCGGCUGAUAUCUUGGCUGCCUCUGAUCAAACUCCCGUCCGCUCGCUUGCGCAAAUAUGCGAUCAUAUUGCGCAGUCGCAGUAUGCGAUUAACUCGCGUCAUAUUGCAGAGGUCUACCAACUGAUCGAGGGUGUGGAGGAUUGUAGGUCUCUAUUCCCGGGCUGGGACCUCUUCGGGUCGCGUGACCUCACGAUUACAAGCUGGGCUGACCUUGAGCUAUAUGAUUUGGACUUUGGCGACGCUAUGGGGAAGCCGAAGUUCGUGAGGGUGCCUUACUUGGAAGCAGAUGGUGUUGCUAUUGUUCUCCCUCGCCAGCGAGCCGUUCCCCACGAAGUCCUCGAGGUAAUGGUCAUGUUGCGCAGGGACUACAUGGAUGCUCUUGAACGUGAUGUCAUGUGGCAAACCAUUGUUUCAAUCGGAAGGAGAGAUGGGAAUAGUAACUGACAUCAAAGUAUAGGGCUCUGGCA